UUUGCUACUUCCCGGAUGAUCUCCUUAUUCAGCAGAUCACAAAAUCAACGCGAAGAAGAAGGACAAGAAGAAGAAGAAAACAGCGUCGUCGUUUAGGGCUUCGAUUCUCAGGGCUUCAAUCCAAAUUCCAGGGUGUUGACCAAGAUGAAACCUGUUUGUCCUUUUGUCAAAGCUGCUCGUCCUGAUGAGACGACUUCGAAACCUGUUUGCCCUUUUGUCAAAGCUGCUCGUCCUGAUGAGACGAAUUCGAAAAAACCGGGUGAAAAUCUGUGUAAAUAUCAGCAAGAGACUGAGAGCAAGACUAAGAAGGAUACUGGUGACUCUGCCACAGUUCCUCCAAAGUGCCCAUUUGGAUAUGAUUCAGAAACGUUUAAGCUAGGCCCUUUCAGCUGUAUCAUCUGCCAAGCACUUCUUUUUGAAAGUAGUAAAUGUGUGCCUUGUUCUCAUGUAUAUUGCAAAGCAUGUAUAUUACGCUUUAAGGACUGUCCAAUAUGUGGAGCUGAUAUUGAGAAGAUAGAAGCUGAUUCAAAACUUCAGGACAUGGUUGAUCGCUUCAUUGAAGGUCAUGCUAGAAUCAAAAGGUCUCAUUCUAAUAUAGACAAAGAGGAAGAAGUUGGUGAGAAGAAACAAGUCAUAUAUGCAGAUGUGUCUUUGGAGAGAGGUGCUUUCUUGGUGCAACACGCCAUGAGGGCAUUCCGAGCCAAGAAUGUAGAAAGUGCCAAAUCAAGACUCAAUCUAUGUGCCGAAGACAUUCGAGAACAGUUAGAAAGAAUGGGCAACACAUCAGAUUUGUGUUCACAGCUUGGAGCAGUUCUGGGUAUGCUUGGUGACUGCUGUCGUGCACUGGGAGAGGCCAGCUCUGCCGUCACUUAUUUUGAGGAGAGUGUUGAAUUUCUAUCAAAAUUGCCAAUGGAUGAUCUAGAGAUUACACAUACACUUUCUGUUUCACUUAAUAAAAUUGGAGAUCUGAAAUAUUAUGAUGGAGAACUACAAGCUGCAAGGUGUUAUUAUUUUCGGUCUCUAAAUGUUCGUCGUGAUGCCAUCAAGCAUCAUUCAGAUGUUUCGUCCCAGAUUCUAGAUGUUGCUGUUUCUCUCGCAAAAGUUGCAGAUGUGGACAGGAGCCUAGGAAAUGAGGAUGUGGCCGUAGAUGGAUUUCGAGAAGCUGUAAAACUGUUGGAAUCUUUGGAAUUGAAAUCUGAAGAUACUGGUCUUGGGCAACGGCGCCUUUCUGUGCUCGAAUUCCUCAAAAGCCAACUCGCAGAGAAACAACCCGAUACAACUCAAUGAGGUUAUGUUCAGCCUUGUAUCUGUAUCUCCCUGAGCUUGUAUAUGUUGGACUAAAUAAGCCCAGUUUAGCGAAGGCAUUCCCCUGAAGAUUUAGAGCUUUCAGGGUAGUAGAGAUUUCAAGAAUUCCAAAAGCACAAAGUUGCUGGUGAUCAGUUGCUUCAUUCUGUUGCAGGGAGUACCUCCUUCAGUCGGUGUUAAUCAGUUGCAUUGCAGAUGUCCUUUCUCUUAUGAAGAGUGGUUUGUGUGUCUGGAUCAGUUCUUAAUUGGCUCUGAAGUGCUUCCUGCUGGUUCUAGCUUCCUCUUCUUGGAACCCCCUGAUGACCAGACAAACAACCAUUUACGUCACUUUUUCUCUCUUUUUUAAGGACAAUUUACCUAGUCUUCCCUAAGAUGUAAGAGAGUGGCGAUUGUAAGUUUCAGUGUGUAAUUCUUUCCAAUAAACUCCAAACAUAAACUAGAUGUAUAUAGUAACUUUUUGAACUUGGGAACA